UCUAUAUCUUUACUUGUUGAGUAACUCCUUUUCUAUUUCUAUAAGGAAGGAAGGAAGUGGAGAGGGAAUCUCCAGCUUUCAGGUAAGGCAAAAAGGAAGUAUUAGAACAAAAAUGGGAGCUGGUGGCAAUAUGUCUGCUCCAACUAAAACUGAACAAAAGAAAAAUCCUCUCCAAAGAGUGCCAUUUUCAAAGCCCUCUUUUACAAUUGGUGACAUCAAGAAGGCCAUUCCUCCUCGCUCUCCUCGCUGCUUUCAUCGAUCUCUUAUUCGCUCGUUUUCUUAUCUUGUUCAAGAUCUCAUACUUGUCUCCAUCUUUUACUACAUCGCCGCCACUCACUUCCAUUUCCUUCCAUCCCCGUGUAGUUACAAAGCAUGGCCGAUUUACUGGAUCGUUCAAGGUUGUGUUUGCACUGGAAUAUGGGUGAUUGCCCAUGAAUGUGGCCACCAUGCCUUUAGUGAUUACCAGUGGGUAGAUGACACUGUUGGUUUUAUCCUCCAUUCUGCACUUCUAGUUCCAUACUUCUCAUGGAAAUAUAGUCAUCGUCGUCAUCACUCCAACACUAAUUCCCUUGAGCGUGACGAAAACCAUGUGCCCAAGCUUAAACCCGAGCUAAGAUGGUACACAAAAUACGCGAACAAUCCACUAGGACGAUCACUCAUACUUGCCUUCACCCUCACUCUUGGUUUCCCUUUGUACUUUGCCUUCAAUAUCUCUAGUCGACCUUAUGAUCGCUUUGCAUGUCACUAUCUAAUAUCUUUAAGAAAUUACUCUUUCUUUUGUAAUGUUUGCCCAUGACCUAACAAUAUUGUCGAGAUUUAAUC